AUGCGGCUGCUAGCAGCGAUUCUCCUGUGCCAUGCGCGCGCACUGCUGCCGCCUGCUCCGCUCCGCACCGCCGUGUCGAAAGGUGUCUGUCUGCCUGUGCCCAGCGCCCGCCCCGCGCGGCGGGCUGCCAAAGCCGGCAUCGCGCGGUCCAGCACAGCUGACGACGCGUCCGUGGACCGCGUUACGCCGUCGACCUUCGGCGACCGCACCGUCGGCGGCGUGCGCCUGGACCGCAUUUCGAGGCUCGUGGUCGCGGCCGGCGCGGCGUUCGGCGGCUACGUGCUGGGCAACGACUACCUGAACGUCGCGAUCGUCGAGGUGCUGGGCAUCGACCGGAGCCAGGGCGUCGGCGCGUUCGGCCCGUUCGUGACCCUGCUCGCCCUGAUCUACUCGACGAUCCUGGGCUCGAUCUACUCGCAGCUGUCGAGCCGGCAGGGCGCGAUCCAGGACUCCCUCUUCGCGGAGGCGUUCGCCGUCCGCGACGUCGCCGAGGUCUGCGACAUCGUCAAUAGGAGCAGCAAGAAGACCGACCUGGGCGAGGCGCGGCGGGCCAUCCGGGCGCACGCGGAGACGCUGCGCGAUGCGGUGGACGGCGAGGCCGCCGACGGUGCGGACCAGGCGUCGCUCGCGCGGCUGCUGGGGGCCGUGGACGAGGUCGACGCCGCGGCCGGCGGCGGCGCGGUCUGCGCGCGCGCCGUCAACGCGUACGGCGCCGCGGUGUCGGCCCGGUCGGCGCGGGCGUCCGCGCUGGCGUCGACGAUACCGCCGAUCAAGCUCUACUCCUACGUCAUCAUUUCGAGGAUCCUGCUGGCCGUCUUCCUGUUGGUGGACUUGGGCUCGCUCCGCUUCGAGGCGGUCCUGUUCGCCACGCUCGUGGCUGCUUUUCAGCUCAUCGAGUCCUUCGUCGAGGACCUGUCGGACCCGUUCGGCGGCGCCUGGAGCGUCGCGUCCGCGCGGGAGGAGGUCGACGAGCUCCUGAAGAGUCUGCCUAGGGACUAACUUUUAAUCUUAA